GGUCGCCUGCGGCGCGGGCUCCUGCCUGUCUCGGCGGGUGAGGGGCGCAGGGAUCCGCAGAGGGGGGCUCCGCGAGCGGCGGGACCACGCGGCCACCUGUGAGCCUGCCGCAACUGCGGGCGGCGGCGGCGUGCCCGGCCGGAGACUGGAGGAGACGCUCGGCGGACCCCGCCCGCCGGCCCGCCGGGCGCACACACAGGCGCACACACUCGCACCCGCGCGCACACGCACAGCCAGCAGCGGCCACCGCCGCGAUGCUCGCCAGCAGGUCGGGGAAGUUUCCCGCCGGCCUCGGCCGCGGGCGCCGGAGCUCCCAGGUGUAGCGCCCCCGCGCGGCGCGGGCGGCUGGGCGUCUCCAGCAUGACCGGCCAGAGCCUGUGGGACGUGUCGGAGGCCAACGUCGAGGAUGGAGAGAUCCGCAUCAAUGUAGGCGGCUUCAAGAGGAGGCUGCGCUCUCACACGCUGCUGCGCUUCCCCGAGACGCGCCUGGGCCGCCUGCUGCUCUGCCACUCGCGCGAGGCCAUCCUGGAGCUCUGCGACGACUACGACGACGUCCAGCGUGAGUUCUACUUCGACCGCAACCCGGAGCUCUUCCCCUACGUGUUGCAUUUCUAUCACACCGGCAAGCUUCACGUCAUGGCCGAGCUGUGCGUCUUCUCCUUCAGCCAGGAGAUCGAGUACUGGGGCAUCAACGAGUUCUUCAUCGACUCCUGCUGCAGUUACAGCUACCACGGCCGCAAAGUGGAGCCCGAGCAGGAGAAGUGGGACGAGCAGAGCGACCAGGAGAGCACCACGUCCUCCUUCGAUGAGAUCCUCGCUUUCUACAACGAUGCCUCCAAGUUUGAUGGGCAGCCUCUGGGCAACUUCCGCAGGCAGCUGUGGCUGGCGCUGGACAACCCCGGCUACUCAGUCCUGAGCAGGGUCUUCAGCAUCCUGUCCAUCCUGGUGGUUCUGGGGUCCAUCAUCACCAUGUGCCUCAAUAGCCUGCCGGACUUCCAAAUCCCCGACAGCCAGGGCAACCCUGGUGAAGACCCCAGGUUCGAGAUUGUGGAGCACUUUGGCAUCGCCUGGUUCACAUUUGAGCUGGUGGCCAGGUUUGCUGUGGCCCCUGACUUCCUCAAGUUCUUCAAGAAUGCCCUAAACCUUAUUGACCUCAUGUCCAUUGUCCCCUUUUACAUCACUCUGGUGGUGAACCUGGUGGUGGAGAGCACGCCUACCUUGGCCAACUUGGGCAGGGUGGCCCAGGUCCUGAGGCUGAUGCGGAUCUUCCGCAUCUUAAAGCUGGCCAGACACUCCACCGGCCUCCGCUCCCUGGGGGCCACCUUGAAAUACAGCUACAAAGAAGUAGGGCUGCUCCUGCUCUACCUCUCUGUGGGGAUCUCCAUCUUCUCCGUGGUCGCCUACACCAUUGAAAAGGAGGAGAAUGAGGGCCUGGCCACCAUCCCUGCCUGCUGGUGGUGGGCCACUGUCAGCAUGACCACAGUGGGGUACGGGGAUGUGGUCCCAGGGACCACAGCAGGGAAGCUGACUGCCUCUGCCUGCAUCUUGGCAGGUAUCCUUGUGGUGGUACUGCCCAUCACCUUGAUCUUCAACAAGUUCUCCCACUUCUACCGGCGCCAAAAGCAACUUGAAAGUGCCAUGCGCAGCUGUGACUUUGGAGAUGGAAUGAAGGAGGUCCCUUCUGUCAAUUUAAGGGACUACUAUGCCCAUAAAGUUAAAUCCCUGAUGGCAAGCCUGACGAACAUGAGCAGGAGCUCACCAAGUGAACUAAGUUUAAAUGAUUCCCUACAUUAGCUGGGAGGAUUUGUCACCCUCCGUCCCACAUUGCUGAGCUGCCUCUUGUGCCUCUGGCACAGUCCAGGCACCUUAGGGUUAUGGUGUAAGGAGUAUGCCCAGCCCCAGAGGGGAGAGAUGCAUGGGAUAUGCACCCCAGGUUUCUUUUACAGUAUUUAGAAUCAUUUUUAGAGGGUGGUGUGUCUGACACCAUGCCUUUGCACCUUUCAACGAAAUGACACUCACUGGUCUUUGCAUCGUGGGCAUAAAAUGUUCACCUUUCUGCCAGAUGAGUACACCCAGAAUGCUAAUUUUUCUGUUCUUUGUGUACACUAUUCUAGUGCUUGUGGCCUGGUACUGUCUGUGAGUUGUUGUGCUCCUGUUUCUGAGGUUGUCCUGUGAGUUCUGUACAAAAAGUCCCCAUGAGUCUGUCCAGUGGAAAUGCAUCUAUGAGGUUGGCAAGGAUAUCACGAGAUUUUGCUCACAGUCAUGUGAAAACAAAAUCUCAGUUCUUUAUCCAUUGCUUUCAUUUAGUUUUAAUACCAAAACAAAGAGAAUGCAAGUUAAGCACACUUGACCAAUGCAAGUCUGUGAAUUGUUUUUUAUAAAUGAUCUGUAGCUCUGUGGCUUGCAUGGGUGCCCCAAUCAUCUUUUGGUGAUGUACACUGAUGUUCAUCUGGUAAAUGUCACUCUUUAGAGAACGUUACUUAGUUAAACAUGUAGUGAAGACUGAAUUUUUUUUUUCUUUCUAAGAACGGAUGUGUCAGAGACAGGGGCUUCAGCUAAACAGUUCAAACACCAGGGUGCUUAAAGCCAAUUCAGUGGAAGCUGAAGCUUCUCCUCCAUGGCCAAGCCCCGUCUGUCCUACAGUGAUCGUAGAGACGUGCAUUCUUUCUGGGUGAAGUUCCUGGUCUAGGACAUGUGACCAAACUUUGCUUGUCUUAGACAGUAGCAUGUUUUUAAAAUAUUUAUUUUUUAAGAUGUUUAGGAAUAAGGUCGUGUUUUGUCUUUCUCAACUAAAAAAAGGUUUACCGUCGUGUUGUCUCCCCGAGGUGAACAUUGUUAUGUUGCUAGCAAGAGCAGUAGCUUAAAUACUUUUGUUGCCUGCUCUGAAAGCUCAUAAAAUGAGAGCCCUUUUAUUUCCAAGCAGGAUUUACUCAAAUAGUUUUGCUCCUAGGAUACGGUAUAUUGUAGAUGAUGCCAUGACUGCCCUGGAGUUCCUGCCAUGACAUGGAAACCUGGUGGUGGUACGGAAGUAAAUACUCAGAAUGUAGACGUGCGUGAAGGUGGUGUGGCUUGCUGAGGAUGGAAACACUGCAGUUCUUGUUUCCAUUUCACCUGCCUUUUGUUGUGGGAGAGUAGGUAGAGACCAAGAGAAAGGAAAGAGCCGUCAAACAAAAAAUUGCUACUUCAUACAAUGUCAUAAAUACUUGUAAACUUCUUGAAAAGCUUAAUGGUAUUCAAAAGGCUUCUAAACUUGUGUUGAAUGGAGACAAUUGUUUCCUUUUCCAAAAUGCACCCCCUCUUCUUCGGUUAAUCAGCAUGUGACGUUGUGAACAAGGGGAACCUGGGCCCUGUGUAAAAAUAAUCCUUUUCCACCAUCUUCGUGGUAAUCUGAUGGUUUUCCUGUGGCUGUCAUUAAGUUUGGUCUUUGAAAGGGCUGUAGAAUCCAGAGGAUUGAUCGUGGAGUUAGCCAAGCUUUUUAUCCAAGGCUUGGGUCUCCCUUUCAGAAGUUCCAUUCUGUAUUUUAGUUGACCAAGAAAAACACAUACCUCACAGAGGUGUGGAGAGGAUAUUCUAAGAGGUUUGUGUACUGGUGGUUGCCAUGGCUACUAUAGCACGGGCGAUUUGUUGGAUUAGUGCACUCAUCACUUACGCCCUUGAGUCCCCAGUUCAAAUCCUUCGAUCAGACUGGAGUCACCUGGGAAGGAAGGGUUGGCAGGAGGUGGACACCUCCCAGUGUCUAUACCUGUUCUUAGAAGCAUCAGGAAAGAUGAGAUGAUGUUGAGGCAAGUGGCCACUAAAUCAGAGGAGCAAAGCUAUUUUUCAGAAUUUGCACAGGGAACACACUUGGCUUUGGCUGAUGUUUCCAGCACUGGAAGGCAUAAAAUUAACAAAAUCAGCCCCAAAGGCAAAUCAGCCCCCAAAUCUGCACCGAAGGCAGGUGAUAGUACAAACUUGUGAAGACUGUUCAGUUUGCCAAGGCUGCUGGUAUCAGGUCACCUGAGUGUGGUCUCCAUGGUCGCUGACCAUGAAGCUUAUUAUGCAAAAUGGAAACAAGGAAGGAGGCAGAAUAACUCAGUCACUCUCAUGAGUAUUUUUCCUAACAAGAUGGUUUACCACCAAAAAAAGAGGUACCCUAGUGGGUACCUUUGCAGAUGUGAAAGCUGGAUAACUUGACUUUUCUUUUUGGUAAUGACUUGCAUUUAUCUGGUGCCUUUCUUUGGAAGAAUCCCAAAGUGCUUUAGAGACUAUCUUUUUAACAUCUCUUGUACAUAUAUAUAUAUAUAUAUAUAUACUUGUAUAAAAUGUUACUUUGCCCACCUGGACCGCCAAUCACUUCUGAGCAUGAGAAUGUCCCAAUAGCAUUGAGUUUUCCAAGUGGUAGUUUCAGAUAAGUGGGAGACAGAACAACACACCUAGCUUGAACGCUGGAGUUCAUUCCCACAAAGGAUGGAGACUAAACCGGGAUGCAGGGAGAAAUAGUCUUCCCCUCCCCCAGAGUCCCACCAACCUAAGAAGGUCACAAGUGCCCUCAAUGGGACCUUUGCAUGACUUUGCAAGAUAACAUCUAAUAUAACAGUUUCCUCUAGUCCCUGAAGCUAACCAGGGAGGGAGGGUCAGGUUAACAUUCUGCUCUGUUCUUGGAGCAAAGACUAUUAAUAUGAGGUGACAUCUUAAUGCCACCAAGCUGUCAGACUGACCCAUAAACCUCCUUUAGGGGGGACUCAGUAAAAACUGGAGAUCAUUUAUUUGCAGCUAUUGGCUUGAACUCGGCUUCACUCCCAACAUUUGAAGGUUAUUAUUUUCAAUGCCAUUGGGACAAAUAUAUGGAGCAGGCUUGUCUCAUGAUAUAUGUGAUGAGCAUUUUGGAAGGGCUGGGUUGGGGAGUGACACACAUCUAUUGCACAAAUGCAUAUCAGUUAUAGGUCUGUGUUUUCCGCCAAACCCUCCAUUUCCCGGGGUUUGCUACUGAGGAAGGGCAUGUUGUAAUGCCGAGCUGAAUUGUAGCUCAUAAGGUAGUAAUUGGUAUUUAACAUUUGAAUUUGUUAUUUCUACUUAUCUUAGCACUCAAGUAAUUGAACUACCUGCUAAUUUUUGCCUCAUUUCAAAGAAAAUAAGUUGUUACGCACUUUGGGAUAGCGGUGAUCUGUGCAGGCUGUGUGUUAUCUACUUGAAGGCUUAACUGGCAUUUCUUGCAUGUUUUAACAGCAUGACUUGUUACAGAGUUGUAAUUUUAAAAACCGAGAACGCCGUG